CCCCCUCACUGCACUGACACGCGCUCCAACCAUCACCUCCGGGUUGUGCGGCUGACAUCAUCGUCGGGUCUGAGACUCGUGUGGUCGGGCAGCGGCUGUCAUGUGACUGGGGGGAGGGAUCAACUCCCGGAAGUGAGAGGGAUGCUGAUGCUGGAAUAAACAUGGCGCUGCGCAGUACGUUCUGCUCGGGGCUGGUGGCUUUUAUUGUACUGUUCCUUGUGUCUGUGUGCCAGGCCCGGGUCCACCACCUCACUCUGAAGGAUGAUUUGCGACAGAAGGUGCAUCUCAACACAUUUGGCUUCUUCACUAAUGGAUCCAUGAAUGUGAACAUCGCCAGCUUGUCUGUGAAGGAUAAGGACCUCACCCAUAUGGGCAAUUUAAUGUUUGGAUUUAGCUUAGACAGGACCAAGAAUGAUGGCUUCUCAACUUACCUGUUGGAGGAUCAAGAUUUGCAUACCUGUAUUCUACAGAGUCGUCCAGCAGGAGUUGCUCUACUCAAGCUGAAUUUCUCAGCCAAAAAAAUUUGUAUCACAAACGCUACUGAUGUCAAACUGCCAGAAGUUGUCUUCUCCAUUUCCAACGAGCAAGAAAAGAUCACCACGACACAAAGCCCACCUGCAAAAACUGAAGCCAAGCAAACCACUGCAAAGAGAGAACGUAGGGAUGCAGACAAUCCGCCGGACAAAGAUGCAAAAAUGGAAGAAAAGCUAAAGACUGAUGAAAACUCGGCUCAUCCUGAGGGAAAGUCCAACAGCAAUCCAGGAAGCUCCCAAGCGAAAGAAAUAAAAAGUAACGCCAGUGAGCUGUGUUAUCAGAUUAAAGUUGAUAAAGGAGUUGCAUCAUUCCAGUUUGCUUUUAAUGUGACUGCAAACUCUUUGGAGGGUCUAUACAGCUUGUACUUCCACAGUUGUCCUAAAGAAAGCAGCGAUCCGUAUCCCUUCAACCUUGAGAUCUUUAUCACAGAACGAAACCCUGAUAGUUUCCUGUCUGCGGAUGAAAUCCCUUUACCCAAGCUGUACAUCUCAAUGGCUCUCUUCUUUUUUCUUGCUGGCCUUGUCUGGGUUCACAUCCUAAGGAAACGCAGGGGUAACCUUAGGCACACCGCCGGAGCCCCGUGCGUCCGCCAACAACAAAAAAAAGAAAUAGAAAACAACUCAAGGAGCGAUGUAUUCAAGAUCCAUUGGCUGAUGGCUGCUCUACCCUUCACCAAGUCACUGUCAUUGGUGUUCCAUGCGAUCGAUUAUCAUUACAUCGCAACUCAAGGAUAUCCCAUUGAAGGAUGGGCCGUGGUGUACUACAUCACCCAUUUGCUGAAAGGAGCACUCCUGUUCAUCACCAUUGCAUUGAUCGGAACAGGCUGGGCUUUUGUGAAACACAUCCUGUCUGAUAAGGAUAAAAAGAUCUUCAUGAUUGUGAUUCCUCUGCAGGUACUAGCUAAUGUAGCAUACAUCAUCAUCGAGUCUACAGAACAAGGCACAACAGAGUAUGGGCUGUGGAAAGAAAUCCUGUUCCUUGUAGACCUCCUGUGUUGCGGUGCAAUCUUGUUCCCUGUCAUAUGGUCAAUCCGCCACCUACAGGAAGCCUCCGCAACAGAUGGAAAGGCGGCCAUUAACUUGGCAAAACUGAAGCUCUUCCGGCACUACUAUGUAAUGAUUGUCUGCUUCAUCUACUUCACCCGAAUCAUCGCCAUCUUCAUCAAGGUCGCUGUUCCUUUCAAGUGGAAAUGGAUGUACGAGCUACUAGAUGAAUUGGCCACGUUUGUCUUCAUUGUCUUGACCGGGUACAAAUUCCGACCAGCGUCAGACAACCCAUACCUUCAACUUCCACAAGACGAGGACAUGGAUGACCUGGAAAUGGAAGCUGUAGUUACAACCACGGGAGCCACGGAGGGUGUAAAGAAAAUAAAAAAGGUGGUCAAUGGCUCUUCAGAUCCCCGUUCCGAGUGGGAAAACUCUGCGUGAAUGGACACAAUGGAAUGACCAAGUGGCUUUUAAUUUAUUACCAAUUCUACUACUCCAUGCAAAACAAGCAGGUGAGGGAGGAACCAAGCCUCCAUCCCACUUAUCACACACAGCAUCCUUCCUGUGCAAACACAGACUGGACCUGACCAACCGUAAUGGUCAACGGUAACUCUGAACACACUUCGCCACGAGGAAUUGUCUCCAAAAGGCACACAUCCAAUAUCUUGGAUGUUAGGACUCAGCAAAAACUUUUCUGAUGUUUUAAAUUCCUAUUUUUGUUUGAACAAGGAACUAAAUUUAUUCACAUAGCACCCAAUCAGGUUUGUACGUCAUAUUCCAGUAAUGUAAAACCCAGCGAAUGGUAUAAAUUAUUUUCCUACACUAUUUGUUUACUGUGCAGCGAGGGCACUCAGUUGCAAAUUGCUACUAAAAUCGCAGAACUUUUUUUUUUCUUGCGACACUGUCUUCUUUUCCCUGACACUUUUAGGUCAGCUGCAUAUCUAUGCCUCAGUUAGCUAAAUAAUAAUAAAAUUUUGUGUAAAUAUAUAUUAUUAUUUUUUUUAGUAGGAGAAGUUAUAAUGGAUUCAUGAAACCUAACAGGGAAAUCGUGUUGAAAAGUUAUUAGAUACAGCAGAGGCUGCAGUGUAAAGUGCUUUUAAAUGCCAGGGUUGCCCCUUUCAGUUCCUUGCUGGCGUAUUUAAGAGAACCCGUCAUGAUUGGGCUCAUGCAAUAGUCAGAAUGUUCAACCAUAGAGCAUGUGUGCUGUCUUAUGAAAACUUUAUAAUUGCCUCUUUA